CUUCCCGCAGCUGCCGCUGCUGCUACCCUUGUUUGUGCGGAUGGAGCUGAGCUGUGGCGUCGGGGGAAGAACGAGCCAGACGGCGGCUGCGACCACAGCGCUGCCACCCCCUGUUCCUCCGCCGGGGCCCGGGCUCCUGAUGGACGGCGAAAGUCCCGGAGAGGAGGAUUAUGAAAGCCUGCCCACCGGAGCCUCCUUGUACACGCACAUGACGGCCGGGGCGGUGGCCGGCAUCCUGGAGCACACGGUCAUGUACCCCGUGGACUCCGUCAAGACAAGGAUGCAAAGUUUGCAGCCCGAUCCCAAAGCCCAGUACAACAAUGUGUUUGAAGCCCUGAAGAAGAUUAUCCGCACUGAAGGCUUCUGGCGGCCAUUACGAGGGAUCAAUGUCACCAUGCUGGGAGCGGGCCCGGCCCACGCACUGUACUUUGCCUGCUACGAAAAAAUGAAAAGGACUUUAAGUGACAUUAUUCAUGAUGGAGGGAACAGCCACCUGGCCAACGGAGUAGCAGGGAGCAUGGCCACCUUUCUACAUGACGCUGUUAUGAAUCCGGCCGAAGUGGUGAAGCAGCGGAUGCAGAUGUACCACUCUCCAUACAAGACAGUCUUGCAGUGUAUCAGGACUGUGAGAAGGACUGAGGGGCUGGGGGCCUUCUACCGUAGCUACACCACUCAGCUCACCAUGAACGUCCCAUUCCAAGCCAUCCACUUCAUCACGUAUGAAUUCAUGCAGGAGCAGAUCAACCCUCAGCGACAGUACAAUCCUCAAACGCACAUUGUCUCGGGGGCUAUUGCCGGCGCUGUUGCGGCUGCAGCCACAACUCCCCUGGAUGUCUGCAAGACUCUCCUCAACACUCAGGAAAACAUGGCCUUAAGUUCUGUGAACAUCAGUGGACACCUCUCAGGAAUGGCCAACGCAUUCAGAACAGUUUACCAACUGGGGGGUGUCGCUGGGUAUUUUAAGGGGGUUCAAGCGCGAGUUAUAUACCAGAUGCCUUCAACUGCCAUUGCCUGGUCUGUGUAUGAAUUCUUCAAGUACUUCCUUACAAAACGUGAGGCAAACAAAAAAACGCCAUGUUAAAACAGCGGCCCCAGAACUGCCAAGACAGAUGCCUUGGGUGCAAACUCUCCUGGCACCUUUUGUCAAUUAGGAAGGUUUCUGGUAGAUUCAUCGCCAUGUUCUGUUUUAGUUUUUUGGAGAAGUUCAUUUUUUCUCUUCCCACCAUCCCUUUUGGCUAAACCAAAUUGUGUAAGGACUUUUUUUUUAAUAAUACAAGUAUUUAUAAUUAUAUUUCAGUUUGAUAAACUGUGAUACAGAGUUGUAAAAGAGUAUAUUGUUUCUUCACUGGAAUGCUUUUGGCUGCCCAGAGAUUGAUCUCUGGGGGAUUGCUUUAAAAAAACAAACACAAACACACACACAAAGAUAAAGCCUUUAACUGAACAAAGUUUUAUAUAGAGAAAUUGUGUAAUAUAAAUAGGUGGAUAAUAUUUAUCCUUUAUUUUUCUACAUAGUUAGUCGGGUGGCUUGAAAGUGUGGCAGCUGAUGACAGAGGGGUUUUUAAAAAGUGCUUAAUUGUUUUUCAGUAACCAGUAGCGUACCAUUUCCUGGUUUUCCUGAACCAGAAGGUGUUUUAACUCAACAUCAUAGUGGUAGUGCUUAGAUGCAUGCUUUGAAUACUCAGCUUUAAAAGAUCUUGAUGCUUCCAUACAUACAAUUGUGUCAAGAUCAGUGGCUGCUUCUGGAAAUCUCUUCCAGCAGUUUGCAUAUCAGAGUAGAAAAUGAUUUCUAAGCAUAUUUUUAGGAAAACACUUAAAGGUACAUUAAAAAGAACAAACCUCCAUUUCUGAGCAGGUUUUGUGACUUUUAAUUUAUUCCUUCUCACUAAGCCCUGGACCCUGCUUUGCACAUAACUGGCAUGCACAAGGAAGUCUGUUGCACUAGUGUGUAUAUGUAAACACUGACGGCCAAGUGUUUUGCAGGAGCGGGGCAUCAGUUUACAUUUCUGAAGAAAGCUCAAACUGAAUUGCUUGUAGGCUUUUUUUUU